ACAUUUUUAACAAGAACAUUACAUAAUAUGCUCUGAUUACAAUUAUACAAUUGAUGAGUUGUAAAAUUUGAGGUUAGUUGCUCCUAACUGUAGAAUUAUUGAUAAAUUUUUUAAUAAAUGUCAAUUUUUGUCGUAUACGUCACUCUCAGCUGAUCAGGUUACCGGCUUUAUCACUGAAUGCACUUACCAUGGUGAACUAUCAUCAUUUAUCACUUUGAUUGAUGAAAGUAGAAAUACUCCAACAACUAGACAUUAUGUAACAAUGGCUAAAACACCAGCAGAACGAAGCCGAGAAUACAGAGCACGAAAAAAGGCUUUGACAAAUACUACCAAUCAACAUUUAAAGUCAGGAUGUUCAGCUAGUGUUUUAAAGAAGAAUAAUAUGUGUAUUAUAAAUCAAGAAUCAUCUCAACAAAGUAUCACAGAUGAUGAAGAUGUUACGCGUGAAAAUAAUCAUCUUAUACUUUAUAAGUAUCUCACACAUCAAAAAAACCCUGAUAGCAAGCAAAUUGGCAAUGAUCAUCAAUCAACUAUUGUUCAAGUAGAUGUGCAAGGACAAUCUAUCAAUCAAAAUAAUGUGACAGUAUUGAAAAAAAAAUUAAAAACUGCUAAAACGUCAGCAGAGCGUAGUAGAGAAUACAGAGCACGAAAAAAAGCUUUAAAAAAUGCUGUGAUUAAAUAAUAUUCGAAAAUUAAAUAUUUAAAAAUGCUGUGGAUAAUGAGCCUAUUUCAUUUAUUCAUCAACUCGAUAAUUAUUUUUAGCUUUAAAAUUACACCACCGUGUGUAUUUAAAUAAAUAUAUGUAUAAAGAACAUCAGUAAUUUGAUAUAAAAUUAAUGUAGUGAAGAAUUUGCAACGUAAUCAGAUACUGAUCUAUUUUAAAUGUUGCCUAGUCUAUCAAAAAGUUAUAUGCUAUCGAUUAUAUUAAUGCAUUAAAAUUAAUUAGUUUCACAAUACAUUGCAAUUCGCUUUUACAUUAUGAUUUGUAAAAAUUUCAAAAAUUGUAUUAUAAUUGUAAAAAUUUAUGAUCAUCAAUAUGUUAUUGACCUUGUAUGUGGUUCUAUAAUUAAUCAUAAUCGUGGUCAUUAUCAGGGAAAUUUCCGUGUUGUUUUUAAUAGCUAGUAAUAAGAUCAGGGUCAUCAAUUGGUACAUUUACCUCAGUCAUGUGAGUCGUCUUCAAGUUUAAUAGCUCUUUAUAGUGGUAGGAGGAACUUAGCUAAGCACAAUAGGUGAGUAGUGGGACAAAAAACCUCUUUCAUCAACUAAUUAACCAAUGGCUAUAAUUAAUAGUCGAUUUUUAAUUUGAAGUUCAAGUAAGGUUCUUAUGAUGAUUGAUUAAUCGUUUAUUCUACGUUUAUUCCUCAUCACGUUUUAAUAAGUUAGAGAUUGAAGAGCUUCUAAAAUUUUUUUUCUUAUCAUUAUUUGUAAUUGCGAUUUAUUUGUGAUUAAAAAUCACAUUACAUCAAGUAACAGUUAAGUAAAGUGAGUACAGUGAAAGUUGCAUAAAAUGUUAUUAUUAUUUAAUAAGCAAAUAUUGACUAGAUAUUGUGUGUUUUAUGUAAAAAGGUGAAAUUAAGUCAAGACAAGUUGAGUGCAAAGAAGUCUUAAUAUUUGAUAUUCUAGUGAUUAAAAAUGGAACAAACGGAAUCUGAAGAAAAUACAGAAAUGGAAGAUGUAGAAGAAAUAGAAGAAAUAGAGGAAAUAGAAAAAACGAUGCCAGUAGAUGAGAUUGUUCAAUAUGUAAUGCAAAAUAUUAUUGACCCUGAAUCAGAAAACAGUGAAAAAGAAGCUAUAAAAUUUAUUUUACAAAAUUUAAGUACAAAAAAUUUUUUAGUAGAAUUGAAAAUUCGUCAAAAAUGCCAACAACAUGCUCGAGAAAAAAUAAGUGCAGGAAAUAAAUUAUAUGAUGCUUAUCCAUUUAUGAUAGAUGAUAUUCUGAAGCUAUAUUCUGAAGCCAUAGCAUAUGCUCCAAGUGAUUCACCUGAAUUAUGUGAAGCUUAUAGCUACCGAUCUGCAAUACUGAGUAAUGCACGAUUAUUCAAAGAUUCAUCAAAGGAUAUCGAUCGAGUAUUACAGGCUGAUUACUCCGAAGAUCUAAAAGCUAGAUUAUACAUACGGCAAAUAAGAAAUUUAUUAACCCUAGACAUACGUAAUCGUCCAGAAAUCGAAGAAGUUGCUACUGCAGCUCAUCGUUGGAUGGAAGAAACUGAUGAUGAUUAUAACAAGAACCUUCUGGAAGAUAGACUACAAGAAUUGAGUGAACGAAAGAUUUUUCCUAAACCUUAUGAAAAGCCUGAUAAUAGUCAUAUUGUACCACAUAUACUUAAUCCUCAUGAAAUUUACUCUGAUGCCUCAAAUGCUAUUGAACUUAAAUAUUCAAAGCAAUUCGGUCGACACUUUGUUGCUGCAAGAGAUAUCAAACCCUCUGAAAUUUUAGUCAGACAAAGAGCUUAUGCUAUAGCACCUUCUAAUCAGUUUCUUUAUACUUACUGCUGGAAUUGUUCAAAGCGAGCGUGGGCUGGUGUUCCUUGUGAACAUUGUGUCAAUGUUAUAUACUGUGAUGAACGCUGUCGUGAUGAAGCUUGGAAUAAUUACCACGAGCUUGAAUGUCCAUUUCUUACUUUCAUGUCUCUAAAUAGACUCGCUGAUACAGAGUUAAUGGGUAUGAAGUUGACUAUCAAAGCUUUAAAAGGAGCAGAGUCCAUUGAAGUUCUUAAAGAUAAUUUGAAAACAGUUGAUGCAGUUUCAGAUCCUUUGCUGAAAGGAUUUAUUGAAGGAAAAAUGGAUGGAACGAAAUAUGAAAAUGUGUACACACUCACCAGAAGUUUUCCUUUCAAAUGUAAAACUCGCUAUUAUGUUGAAAAUUUAAUUAGAUGUACAAAGAUGCUUUUUGCAUUGAUAAAAUCUACUAAAAUUCUUGGAGAAGAAAUUAAAACUAUGAGUGAUCUUGCAGAUAAUGAAUCAGCUCUUUUCAUCGGAGAAUUAUUGAUCAGAAAUAUGGAUAUUGCAGAGAUGAAUUGUUAUGAUAUUGCAAAUCUUUCAAAUAAACGAGAUUUUUAUAAUCGUGGAAUUCAACUUUCAUGUUUAACGAGCUUUUUCAAUCAUAGCUGUGAUCCAAAUGCAUGCAUGGUUCAUGCUGGAGACAUUAUGGGCAUUCGUAGCCUCCAGAUAAUUAAAAAAGGUGAACAAAUAUUUGUUAACUACAUGAAUAGAUAUGAAGAAUGUCCUACGAGUUAUCGACAAAAAAUUCAUGAAGAUCGAUAUAACUUUCUUUGUGAAUGUCAUGCUUGCCAAGAAUAUUGGGGUCCACACUCGCAAUGGCCAUCUUUCAUGGAGCAGCCAUUGCCUAAUCAAAUAAAAUAUAAAAUAAGGAAAAAGUUUGCGAAAUUUUGUAAACAUUUCCAAGGACAAUCACCAACUAUGGUUCCAGAAUUAAUGCUUACUGAUCCUUCAUACAUUCCUCUGUUACUAGAGUUAUUAGUUACGCUUUGUGAAAACGCUUAUUAUCCAUGUUAUGAAAUUUGUGAAUACAAAGGACUGCUGAAUGAAUAUUUUGAACAUUUUACUUAUUAAAAACGAAAAGUAAUUAAAUGAAGUUCGUGAGUAUUAGUAAUAUUAUCAAUAGAUAUUAAUUUAAUAAAAAUUCUUUCUAAAUGAGAAAAUAAGUCUGGUUUGAAAAUAUGAGAAAGAAUUUGAAUAGAUGAAAUGUUUAAGUCAACUUGGAGAAAAUUUCGAAAUUUAAGUAUUAUAUUGUGUGUCAAAGAUAUAUAGGUAACAAUGACGUGAUGAGUAAUAAUAAUAGAUAAAAAAAAAUAGAGCAGUCAGCCAAGAUGUGUUCUAACUGUUAUUUGUUUUUGACUUUUAAAAAUAAAAGCAGAUCAAUUGAAGAAAA